GGCGGAGCGUGGCCGGGACCUGCUUCGGCGAUGUGAAGCCGUGGGAGCUGCGUCUCUGCGUGGCCUUCCGUGUGUAGUACCGCGCCGGCGUGGAGCGUGUUAACGUAGGAACCUGGCUGUGACCCAACCAAGAUCAGUAUGUGGAGGCUGGCAGCUCGUGUUCUGCUGGGGACCAAAGUCCACCCUCUGACCCAGCGCCUACUUGCUGGGGCUGCAAACCUGCAGUGCUGCUGGUGGGGGACAGUGCGGGGGACCCACACGGGUUAUAUGAGUGCAGGGAUAUGGAAAGUGGAGGCUCCAGAUGCGGAGCACCUCAUCCGCGUGCAGUGGGAGGAUGGAAGCGAGAGCUGCUACCCCUGUGUCUGGCUGCGGGACAACUGCCAGUGCCCCCACUGUUUCCUUCACUCUGCCAAAGCCCGUAAGCUGCUCUUUGAGGACCUGGAUGUUGACAUCGUGGCCAAGAAAGUCACUCUGACAGACAGGAAAAAGGUAUCUAUCACAUGGCCUGAUGAACACACAAGCGAAUAUGAAGCUGAAUGGUUGAAAAAACGAUGCUUCUCUGAAGCAGCCCGAGCAGAAAUGCAAGAAGAUCUCUUUUUACCGGAACAUCAGUACUGGGGCUCAGACCUACAGCUUCCCAAAAUGCCUUUUGAAGAAAUUAUAUAUGAUGAUGAGAGUGCCUACAAGUGGCUGUGCACUCUGAAGAAGAUGGGAGUUGUGCUGCUAACAGGAGCUGCUGCAAGGCAGGGAGAGUUGGUGAAGCUUGGCCACAGGAUUGGUUUCCUGCGUCUCACUUUUUAUGGGCCGACUUGGCAAGUGCAGGACAAAGCAGAUGCCAACAAUGUGGCUUACACGACGGGGAAGCUGUGCUUUCACACCGAUUACCCUGUCCUGCAGCACCCACCCGGGGAUCUUGAUUCAUUACAGGUUCAGUUUCUCCACUGUAUUAAACAAACAGCCACAGGAGGUGAGAGUGAAAUUGUAGAUGGAUUUCAUGCAGCUAACAAGCUGAAGCACCAAAAUCCUCAAGCGUAUCAGAUCCUGACCUCUACUGCUGUAGACUACACAGACGUUGGGGUUGACUACUGUGACUUUGCUGUGCAGGGUAAACAAAGGAUCAUAGAUGUGGAUUACAGAGGCCAAGCAAUUCGCAUCAAUUUCAAUAAUGCAACAAGAGACACUGUGUUUGACAUACCGGCAGAAGAAGUGCGGCCAUUUUAUGCAGCUCUAAAGGAAUUCAGUGAUUUAUUAAACAGCACAGAACACAAGUUUACUUACAAGCUGAAACCAGGAGACAUAGUAACAUUUGAUAACUGGCGAGUGUUGCAUGGCCGCAAGAGCUAUCAGUCAGGCUCUGAAGUGACACGUCACCUUGAGGGUGCCUACGCAGAUUGGGAUGUCGUCAUGUCAAGGCUCCGGGUCCUCCGAAAGAGGGUCCUCAAUAGGGACUGAGUUUCCUGCUGACUAGAACAAGCAAAACUAGAUUGCCUAGAUUCAAAAAAAAAAAAAAAAAAGAGAGAGAGAGAGAGAGAGAGAGAGAAAACUGUAUUUUAAUUGAGAAAUUAACACUGUGAAUAUCUGAAUCUAUUAUUGACUUCCAUUAACUGCUAAGAAAGCUGUCACUCAGCACAACAUAAGGUCUGUCUGUCUCUGGUCUGGUAAUUUACAAGUGAAUCACUACCUCAUUGAGUUUAAAGCCAUUUUUCACACAGUUUUGAAAAAACAAAUAAAGGUUGUCAGCUUGUGGGGGCUGACAGGGUAUCAAGCUGCAUUAAUUCGCCUUCACUAAUAUACCUGCCUCCCUAGAAAGCUUGAAGGGAUGUCAAGAAAGAGUUUACCACUGUUUUCAAAAAGCGUCCUUCAUUGCACAAAUCAUAACCAAAUUCAUUACUAAAAUCAACCUCUGCUUUGGAGUUAUUUUUCUAGAAGGACCUUUCUAAACAGAACCACACAUCAACACAAUUCAUUCAACAAGUGCUGUCGUUUGUAUAUUUGUUGUGCAUGUGACUGUCACAGCCACAAGGAACUUUUUCUACAGAGUUCUCAGAGAAUGCAUUGAGUUUUUUUCCUCUGCACCAGGAACAGAAAAAUCUCUGUGUAUUGGUCAGAGGCAGGGCCAGGAUCAUACCAGACACUGUGCAUAGAUAAAAUCCAGAUCUUCAGGGCCGAUACACUUUUGAGUAAAGUCAGAAAGAGGAAUGCUACUUCCACUUCACAGCUUGGAAUUAGAACAUUCAGGUGGCAGCUGCUGACUCAGCACCUGACAGACAACUCGCAGCUGUACUCAGGUCCAGUUCUGUUACACCAAACUCAAGAGUGUACCUUUGGCAAAGGUGGUCUGCAGGAUCAUAGAAUGGCUUGGGUUGGAAGGGAUCAUCAAGUUUCAAUGCCUCUGCCACAAGCAGGGCUGCCAGUCAGUAGAUCAAGUACUAGAUCAGACUGCCCAGCGCCCAUCCAUCUGGGCCUUAAACCCCUCCAGGGAGAGAGACUUCCCUCUCAGUAGUAUUCUAACUAGAGAUCACACCAUGCAAAAAUCACUGCCGUUGGAGUUAGCAUGCAACAGGUGAGCUACAGCUCUGUACCACUGGAUUUCCCACCAUGUUAAGAUGCCAAAAUGAAAGGGAAAGGUUUAAAAUAUAUAUUUCCUUACCUAUCUGUGUUCAUACCCAACAAUAUAUCCACUGAGUUAAUUCUUUACCAUCCUUCCCACUUAACGGGAUGCAGAGAGCCAGACACAACCAGUACACAUUUACUACAAGAUAUGCUCCAUUCAGCCAUUUGGGGGUUUGGAGCCAGUCCUCCUUAGUAAAUAGUGAAAUGCUUUUGGCAGGUUUUGAAGGGUCAUAAUAUGAUCAGUAAUAUGAUGCAUAACAAAAUGGGCUUUUAGCAGGUAUUUGAUUUCCCAGUGUGUCCUUUAAUAAUUAACUAUGAAAAGAAGAUGAAAGUACUUGUUGUCCUUGCUAUGAAAAGGGGAAAAGGUUUACACCUACAUUCUAUGAAACACCAGCAGUACUGUGUUUUAACUUUGGUAUUUUGCUUAGAACAAUUCAGUGAGAAUUUCAAUUUAUAGCUUUUUAGCAUGUCUAUCUUGGGAUUAAUAGAGAUGAUAAAGAAGAAAGAUUUUCUGCUUUUAUUCUGUACUUUUCUAAAAUCUGUUUUAUUCAAAUGCCUGAUUAUUAAAAGCUAUUAAGGAACUAA